AUGCGUCAACUGUGCAACCAUCAAAAAAUUUAACCGUUUUAAAUGAGAAGCUUAUGUUUAUUUUGUGGCGAUAAAUUUGGCUUUUUUUAAGUGUUUUUAACGAAAAAACGAAUAUUUUAGUGACGAAUCGUGUUUUAUAAGUGUUAUACCCAUAAUGUCUAGCGUACAAGACGAUUUUCGGGAGCUGGAGACGGAGGAUCUCAAUUCGUCAGGCUGCGGAGACAUGUCUUUCGAACUAUCCAGUGAUAACGCUGAAAAUUCGAGUUUCAUGAGCCCCCAACCUUUUAGGAGACUUAAUAACUCAAGAAGUGACAACCCUCGGACUCCACUCCCCACAAAACUGGCCUUCAGUCCACCAUACAAGCGGGUUAGGGCACUGAGGCUCUUCGACAGCCCCCUAACCCCAAAAACGAUCAUCCAGAAGUCUUCCAGCUCGACUACUCCGUUGCCAAGGAGCAGACUUUUCGGUGACAUACCAAAAGCUGUCCCUAGUGCUUACGCUGAAAGGGAAAAACCUGCAGCCAACGUCAAUCCAUUCACUCCUGACGGUUUGUUAUUGUCAAAAAAAAGGACCAGAUCAAUUAGGUCUCCCAAAGUGAAGCCAGUCAAAUUGGACUUGAAUGAUACGGAUGGUUCUGAUCAGGAGGAAAUUGAACAGCCAACAAAGAGAGUUGCUUUACAGGAAAGCAACAUUCCAAGAUACCACCGAGAAUUCCUAGAGUUAGAACUAAUUGGAAAAGGACAAUUCGGAUCAGUAUUCAAAUGUGUGAACCGCUUGGAUGGCUGCAUUUACGCCAUCAAAAAGUCCACUAAACCGGUAGCGGGUAGUGCAUUUGAAAAAUCCGCUUUGAACGAGGUUUACGCCCAUGCCGUCCUGGGAAAACAUCAACACGUAGUAAGAUACUACUCGGCCUGGGCAGAAGAUAAUCACAUGAUUAUCCAGAACGAGUAUUGCAACGGAGGCUCGUUAGCGGAUAAAAUAUCCCAAGAACCGCUUGGGGCCGUGGAGUUAAGAAGGAUGCUGCUACACGUAGCCGAGGGUCUUAGGUAUAUACAUUCCGAAGGUCUGGUGCAUUUGGAUAUUAAGCCCGGGAACAUUUUUAUUUCGAUUGAGAAGAAGGUGAAUUUGACGAACUAUGACUCGGCAGAUGACGGUUUCGAGGAGCUGGAUGAUAAUCAGAUGUACGAGGAAGAGUUGACUUAUAAAAUUGGCGAUUUGGGACAUGUGACCAGUUUGAGUAAUCCACAGGUCGAAGAAGGAGACUGUAGAUAUUUGCCGAACGAAAUCCUGCACGAGGACUACAGCCAUUUGACGAAGGCGGACGUGUUUGCUGUCGGUUUGACCGCUCUCGAAUGUGCCGGUUCGGGGCCGCUGCCUAAAAACGGGCCGAGUUGGCACGCGUUGAGGGAGGGACAGGUGCCCCCGUUGCCCCAAAAGUUGACCAAGGACCUUAUGGAGUUAAUCAAGUCCAUGUUCCACCCGGACCCAACCCAGAGGCCCAGCACCGUGCAAAUCCUGCAGCACAGAGCACUGAAUCCCGAAUGCAGCAAAUCAAAAGCCGAUUUAACCAGGGAACUGAACGCGGAAAAGAUGAGAAAUGAAAUGCUAGUGAAACAACUUAAGGAGGCAGCAAUGUGUAUAAAGACAAUACAAAACAGCAGAUUAAUCGGAAAGAAAGUGAAUAGGAGCGUAAGCACGACCACCUUUUAACCGGUACUAAUUAUUUAGGGUUUUAAGUUAGUAAACAGAAUUCAAGUAUGCAAAAAGCUCAUUAAUUUUUAACUUUUAGUUACGGUAAGGAAAAAAUAACUUAAAUGGCCACUAAACAAACUAAAAAACAAAAAAUAAGCUUUUUUUGCCGAUUAUUUCAGUAUUGACCCCCCAAACUCACAAAUGAUUCUCAUUAAUCGUUUAAGGAAGUUUUGUUUUGUACGUUUUGAGCGUUUUAAAAUGUACCAAAGCGGCUUUAGUAUUUUUUUUUCUACUUUUAUUGGUAGUUUUUAGGUUAUAAGAUUAUCAAUUUGCCAGUCUUGAAUCGCUUUACUUUUCACUGCGCCCUAACUAAAGCGUUUAGUAAGUAAUUAUUAAAUGCACUUUCGGUAUGUUCUUUAAAUAAUCCUGCAGCAAUAUACAUGUAUACUUCUUUAAAAAAAAAAAAAUAUUAUCAUUACUAUUUAGGUAUUUUUUUUGUAUAGUUUAUAUAAUCACAUCGUUUUUCUCGGACAAUUUGCUCUUUUUUUUCUCAAAAUCUGUUUACAGGAUGAACCUUUGUGAACUCCAGGAAAUUUUCCAAAUUCGGCAACAUGGCGAGGUUGUAUUAAAUAGUGGUGUUUCUUUCAAUUGCCUUGCAAUGUUGCCACAUUUUUCCAAGGAGUUCCCAAAAGGAGGUCAUCCUAUAUACAGGAUUCUUGUAUAUGGGGUUCUAUGGAUUCAUGUUGAAAUAUGGGUGAAGUAAUAAUUCAAUAAGAAAAAAACCUUUACGUCCUAAAGCCAGUUUUGGCUCUUGUGGACAUCAUCAAUGUAAUUUUUUAGGACUUUACAAGGAAUAGUGUACGAGGUCUUCUCUCUCUUACCCAUUUUUACUGAUAUAAGUCUCUCUUUCUCUGACACAAAGUACCAAGAUAACUAAUUUUUUACUUGAUUAAAGUUCAAUUACUAAUUGGUACUUUUCAUUAGAUAAUGUGCUAGAGAAAGACUGGCUUAUGUCGGUAUCAAUGUGUAAGACAUAGAAGGGUGUAUAUAAGAAUGUUUUUCAGAGAAAGGAGGGUGAAAUUUGAUUUUGAACAUUUUUCAAUUUCUUUCAAUUUGUAUCAUCUAUUAAGGAAAAAAGUUAUAGAGUUCAAAGUUGUAAAUUAUAUCCAGCUCUAAAAGAAUGAUUAUGAGCAUUUUCCUCUUAAAUCUGAGCAUGUUUACAAAAAAAAAACCAAAUUAGGUAGGAAUGCUUAGUUUGACACUCCUUAGUUAAUUUUUAAAUUUCUCAGUUUUCAUCAAUUUAAACAAAAAAGUCAUAGAGAGCAAAGUUGUAGAUUAGGUCUUGCUCUACAAGAAUGCUCUUAAGCAUUUUUUUCGUAAGUCUAAGCAUUUUUGCAUAAAGGUCCAACUUAGGUAGUAAUGCAUAUUUCUGAUAUGCCUUGGCUAAUUUUAAAAUUUCUCACUUUGUAUAAAUUUAAACAAAAAACUUAUAGAGCGUAAAGUUUUAGAUUAGGUCUUGUUCUACAAGAAGGGUCCUAAGCAUUUUUCUCAUAAGUCUAAUCAUUUUUGCAUAAAAGUCCAAAUUAGGUGGUGAUGCUUAUUUCUGACAUGCCUUGGCUAAUUUACAAAAUUUCUCAAUUUCUAUUAAUUUAAACAAAAAAGUCAUAGAGUGCAAAUUUGUAGACUAGGUCUUGCUCUAUAAGAAUGCUAAUAACCAUUUUUCUUGUAAAUGUAAUCAUUUUUGCCAAAAAGUCGAAAUUAAAUAGUAAUGCUUAAUUCUGACAUACCUCGACUAAUUCGGAAAUUUCCCAGUUUGUAUCAAUUUAAACGAAAAAGUUGUAGAUUAGGUCUUGCUCUACAAGAAUGCUCCUAAGCAUUUUUCUCGUAAAUCUAAAAAAAAAAUCAUUUUUCCAAAAAAGUCGAAAUUAAAUAUUAACGCUUAAUUCAAACAUGCCUUGAUGAAUUUGAAAAUUUCUCAGUUUGUAUCAAUUUAAACAAAAAACGUAUAGAGUGUAAAGUUUUAGAUUAGGUCUUCCUUUAUAAGAAUACUAAUAAGCAUUUUCCUUUUAGAUCUAAGAAUUUUUGUCAAAAAGUCGAAAUUAGAUACAGUAAAGCCUCGAUAGUCCGGUCUAAUAAAAACGACUGAUCCGGAUUAACGAAAAAUUCAGAUUACUGAAAUAUGAAGUCUUUUUACAUACAUAUAUGUUUUAUAUGUAUAUAACUAAAAAAUUGCCUACAAAUAUGUGAUAAACGAGAAAAACAUACAAAUUAAAAGGAUAAACUAAAUUACAUGUUUGCUGUGUAGUAGGUACAUAAUAAAGCUAAUUAAAAAAGUCUGUAAUUUUUGCUUGCUUUACUUUUUCUUGGUUUUUCAUAAAAGCCAUUUCUUUAAGUCUUAAGUCUAAUAAGAAUAUCAUGCAAUGGCACUCGAUUUUCUUCAGCCCACUUUAAGCAUAAAUUGAAGCCCUUCAUCAUUUUUGACUCCUUUCUCUCUCCCUUGAUUUUCGUCAUUAUCUUCACAUUCUUCGCUGCUGCUAUAAUGCAUUUCGUUGCUUUCUAUCUCAUCUAAUACCAAGUUGUCCUCAUUUUCAAUCCAGUUAUUCACUUCAUUAGGAUUUAUCUCGUUUUCACUUAGUGUUUGGAGCAUAGCCGAAACAUCUGUUAAAGCUCGUAAAGUAGAAAUCAGAUCAUCGGCCUCGUAUUCUAAAUCAUUACCAAAAACCGUUCCUUUUGGAAUUACUUUUUCCCAACAUUUUUGUAAAACCUAUGCAUUGCUCAGUAAGUAUGUUGCAGUUUUGAGAUUUAAGGUCUUUAAUACCUGGAUAACAUUUUCUUCAUUUUGUGAUAAAAUGUGCGCCAAAAGGCUCUUACGGUAAAACAAUUUAGUCAACCUUAUGGCAUUUUGAUCCAUGCGUUGCAGCAAUGCUGUGCAAUUUGGCGGAAGAAAGAUUGUUUGGAAAUGGCCAUCCUCACUUCUCAGUUCUUCUGGCGAUCCAUGGCUUGAGGCAUUCUCAAUGAUUAAAAGAGCACGUUCAGUUAGAUUUUGGCUUCUUAAAUACUCUUUUACUUGCCUAAUAAACGAAUUAUGAAACCACUCUUUAAAUACUGCAGAUGUCAUCCAAGCAUUGCAGGAAUUUUUGUACUCUACGGGUAUGGGUACAUUUUUAAAUGCUCUGGGAUUUUUUGCUUUUCCAAUGACGAGAAUUCUCAAUUUGUGAGAACCAUCUCCAUUUACACAUGCCAGGAAAGUAACCCGCUCCUUACUUAUUUUUCGUCCCGGUGCUGUCUUUUCUUGAGAACGAACAAUUGUUUUUUCCGGUAACAUUUUCCAGUACAACGCUGAUUCAUCAGCAUUGUAAACCUGCGUAGGAAUUAAAUUCAGGUCUUUCAUUUUCUGUGCCAACAUAUUUUUAAAAGGCUCAACAGCAGUUUCGUCAUUGGAUAAUUUCUCACCACAAAUUUUUAAAGCUCUCAAAUCAUGUCUUUUUCUGAAAUUUGCGAUCCAACCUCGACUGGCUGCAAAAUUCUCAUUUCCAUAACCAUCGUUGUAGAUUUACUUUGCUUUGGCUGCUAAAAUUUCAUAUGAUAUGGGAAUGUGUCUGGAACGUUGCCUGCAAAACUAUUCGAACAAUCGCUUUUCCAUUCUGGGAUAUUCAGGUUUUCUUAGUGUUUUCCUAGCUUGUGGUACGCUAUCACAACCGCUAAUAAAACUAAAAAUAAAAUACAAAACAUUAGUAAAAAUAAAACGUCUUUAUAAACCUUGGCACAUACCUUUUAAUGCUCAAUUUGUUCUUUUUAAUAUCCGAAAUUGUGGAGGUGCCUACAUCGUAUUCACUAGCUAAGGCUUUUCCACUCACGCCACGUUCUAAUCUGUUCAGUAUAUCAAGCUUUUGUUUUAAAGAUAAUGUUUUAUGCUUCCGUCUUGGAGCCAUAUUCCCCAGACUUGGUGUAGGAAGGCCAGGAAGCAAUAAGUGUCAACUGUAAUACCUAUGUAACGUUAAAAACUAAACUUUCGCAAACUACGAAUCAAUUUAAACUUGUCAAAGCCUGCAAAACGGCAAUCCGGAUUAUCGCGUACAAGCGAAUCCGGACUAUAACGUACAUAAUAGCGGCAAAAUUCGUGUUCGGACUACUGAAGCAUCCGGAGUAACGCAUGUCCGGAUUAUCAAGGCUCUACUGUACUAAUUUUUCUCGUAAAUUUAUUAUUUUUGAAAAAAAGUGUAAAUUAAGUGAUGAUAAUUCAUUCUGAUGUGCCUUGGCUAAUUGUAAAAUUUCUCAGAAAAAGUUGUUGAUUGGGUACAAAACUGCUUAUAAGCAUUGGCCUCUCAAUAAUGAUCAUUUUCGAAAAUAACCCACAUUUAAAUAGUAAAACUGCCUUGUAAAAUGUCUCAACCAUCAAUUUUAACAAAAAAGUUUCCUAUUUGAUCACCCCAUGCUUCUUCAUGAAACCGUACCGCCCUGUAUAUCUCUCGAAAUUUUCUUAUAGACAGUUUAAUACUAUUCAGGGUGUAACUAACCACACAUUUUAGCAAUAAAACUGUCUAUAAAAAAUUUUAAUUAAAUUAAUCCCAUUAUUCACUCGCUUUCAUUCUCCAGUUGACAAUUUAAAUUUAACGAAAGAAAAAAAAACAAACAUAAUUUGUGAUAUAUCAAAGUGAACUUUAGUAUAUUUUAGUUAUAAUCGGUUGAUCCUGUACACGGCUGUAUAAACGAAAAAAAUGAAAAGUUUUUCCUGUAGAUUUUUAUUCCUUAACCUAAUUUUUAAUGUGUGAUAAUUUUUUCUUGUUAAUUUAACACAUAUUAUAGGGACACACUGUAUACGGGUGUGCCUGAUCACACCUGCACCGUUUUAGGUCACUUCCAGUAUGUUUUUGCCGGUUUUUUUUUUUAAUUAAUUAAUUUUUUCUCUUUCGGAAUGUAUGUGAUAAAAUAUUAUUAUUAUUAUUAUAUUAUGUAUUAGGAUUAGUUUCAUUUUUUUUCUUUAUUGCUAUUAUUUAGUUUGUAUUGACCUGGCUGAGCGUGUUUAGCGUAAAGAUCAGUGGCGUCAAGGAAUAUGGUGCCUCCUCGAUAUAAUAUAUAUAUAGAUUUUUUUUAAUUAUACAUUCCCUACCAUCGUCGUAAUAUUCUAUAAGUGCCUUUUACUAUUAUUAUUAUUAUUAUAAGCUAUUUACUAAUUAAAUGCAUUUAACUUUUAAUGUUGUAUGUUAACUAUUAUUAUGUCCAUACCAAAUAUAUUUUAGAAUAAAUA